GAAAAAAAAAAGAAAAAAAAAAGAAAAAAGAAAAGCAAAAGUACCAAAACAAAAAUAUCCAGAUCCCUUAUUGCAAUUGCAAAUCUUACCUUAUUUUCAACGCCAUUGCAACAGCUGUCAUCGUCAUCGUCAUCUGUUCUACUCCGAUCUCAUUCAGGAAAGUGAUGAGGCGUAAAGUACCGUCUUUAGUCGACUUAUGUGUUCGUACAGCGAUCGACAACAUUAAGUAUUUAGGAGAUGUCGGAGAAACCGACCAUCAUCUCUUGGAUCGAAUUUUGUCGCACUGUAAUCUUGACGAGUUGAAGCACAUCGAGGACAGUACACAAGGUAGUGAUCUUAGUCCCGUGACCGAUAAAAUGUGGAAGAAAUUUUACAAGGUCAGAUUCGGUGCUGAUAGUACAGAUAUGGUUGUCGAGAGGAUGCGAAAGAGAAAAACUACCGUAUUAUGGAGAUUACUAUACGAGGCGAAGCUUAGUGAGAUGGAACAGGCUGAAAAAGAAUCUGUUGAUCGAAUGACGCAAAGAUAUCGAGAAGAAACUGCUAGGAAACAAAGUCGACAGGUGAAGCUGUGCUCAAAGGUUCCACCUUCUUCUAGCAGGAAACGAAGUUUUUGUGGAGGUGUCGGUGCUAGCAACAUUUACAACACAAAGAGUAGCUUGAUGAAGAAGGCAAAGAUAGAAUUCGUUAACAGCCGAGAGGUUAAGAAUAUCGCAGCUAUGAAGAAUAAGAUGGUGCACAGGAAUCAUAGUGUUUCUUCCACGGGGAAGCCACUUACUUCUGGAUAUGCAUCUUCGUCAUCCAAACUGACGACGAAGCCGUACGAGAGAAGAUUUUAAAGAUGUUAAAAGUCAUUUUUCUAAAUUAGCAGUAUUGUAUAAUAUUAUUUACAAGCAAUGAAACAUGAUGUAUUUCUAAUAUUACAUGGCUUUAAAAAAAAAAUCAUCUCAUAGUUAUUGUCCUUGUUAAUAAUAUAUGUUUGUUGUCUUUUU